AGUAAACAGGAGAACAUGGCCAGAAGUACCCUGGCCGCCCCGCUGUUAGUGAUCACCACCCUUGUUGUUGCGUAUCAGUUGAAGGUCAGAAGCCAGAGAGGUGAGUGGGGCUGGCCGGUGCUGGGGGCGCUGAUGCCCUCUGGGAUCUCCAUGGAGGAACACGCCACCAACCUCAUGCAGAAGUACGGCGACAUUUUCACGUGGCGGCUGGGGAGUCGAACCAUGGUCUUCCUCAACAACUUCCAGCUGAUCAAGGAAGCCUUCUCCAACCCAAGCCUGCAAGACCGACCUCACUUCUUCUCCUUCGACUCCUUCAGUAGCUUCAAGAAGAUCGGCUUAUUCAACAGCAACGGCCUGACGUGGCACAACAACAGGAGGUUCUCCCUGCGUCAGCUCAAGGACCUGGGAAUGGGCAAGUCCAGCCUGAUGGAGGCCAUCCAGAACGAGGCCGAGAUGCUGGUAGAAGACUUUGGGAAGCACACAGGGACACCACAACCCAUCCCCUGGUCACUCAAUGUUGCUGUCCUAAAUGUUAUAUGGAAGAUUGUCUCAGAUAUCCGGUUUGAUGUGGAUGACCCCAAAGUUCAUAACUUCAACAAGCUUAUCCACGAUGCAUUCGAGCUGUCGCAAGGUGGCAAUAUAAUAUUCGACAUGUACCCUUGGAUCAUACCCAUUGCUCCUAACUCUCUCAGAAGACGACUUGGAGUAGAAGAUAUGCUUCAUUCAUUUUCUUCGAUCAGAGAUUAUGUAUUGAGAGUGGUGGAUGAGCACGAGGCCAAACUAGACCCCAACAAUCCUAAGGACUACAUAGACAAGUACCUGGUGGAGAUGGCAGCACAGCAAGGCCACUCAGAGUCUAUCAUGAACAAGGAGGACCUGUGGGUGCAAGUAGCAGAUCUGUUCACAGCCGGGAGUGAGACAACCAACCAGACACUUCGUUGGGUCCUAAUGUACAUGGCCAAGUACCCUGAGAUCCAGGCCAAACUUCAACACCAGAUUGAUGAGGUGGUGCCCAGGACACACCUUCCCUCCCUCCAAGACAAGCCCAGACUUGCCUAUCUUGAAGCUGUGAUCAAUGAGGUGAGCCGACAAGUAUCCUUACUACCCUUGGGAGUGUCUCACUCUGCAAUUACUGACACCCAACUUGCUGGCUACACCAUACCAAAGGGCACAAUAAUCAUUCCUAACGUCGAAAUGUGCCACAAUGAUCCAGCCUACUGGGAGAAGUCUAACGAAUUUUAUCCAGAACAUUUUCUCGAUAGUGAAGGCAAAUAUGAUACCAAGAAGAAGAGUUACAUUCCCUUUUCCAUUGGUCGACGAGUGUGCCCUGGUGAGGCUUUGGCCCGUAUGGAACUAUACCUUUUUCUGUCAGCACUUCUACAGAACUUCACUUUCUCAGUUCCUGAAGGAGAAGAACUGGACUUGAAGAAGGAUCCCAGAGUGAUAUUGUUUAAUUUUCCCAAACCUCUCAACAUCAUCAUUAAUAAAAGAAAAUAAUGCAGAGUAAGCAGGAAAUUAUUAAGAAAAAGUGCCAAGUCUGGGAAGCCACGAUAUUUUUCUUUUUAAUCCAGUCAUGAAGACCUUGUCCCAAAUCCAACCAUGAAGAUCUUUUCCUAAACCCAGCCAUGAAGACCUUGUCCCAAAUCUAACCAUGAAGAUCGUUUCCUAAACCCAGCCAUGAAGACCUUGUCCCGAAUCCAGCCACGAAGACCUUGUCCCGUAUAUCGCCUUGAAGAUCUCACAAUCAUGAUCACUAAAUCAUGAAUAUGAAUUUUUCUCAUUCAUUUUCUAAACAAACACUGGGUCCCAUUGCAUGAUGUGCCGAGGCAAGGCUGUGUGCUGUGGCUGUUUGUCUCACUUUGGCAAAAUCCGCCGGACUGCUGCCCAUGACUGCUGAGUUAGUCUCGAGGCCCUCACACCCAGGAAAGGUGCCCAAGAUUUAUAUUCCCUUGAUGAAAUCUGUUCACUGGAGACCUCGGAAAUAAGCAGUCUGUACCCACAGAAGUUUCAAAUCUCAUAAUAGACCUAAAAGCGUUAAAAGAUCACUGUACUCACCCCCCAAUGAAGCGACCCUGGUCACUGUGUUGAAUAUUAAAGGUUAAAAUCUGAUAAUUUGGUAUGUAUCGUGCACACUUUAAUUUCUGUUAUUUUCGUAAAAUGUUUUCCAGAAAUUGAAUGUCGAGUAAAAGGAUAAUUAAUAUAUAAUAUAAAAACUAUGACAGGUAGGCAGGGUUUCUUUAUUUAUUAAAGAAAGACAAUAUGUCAUUGUUUAAUAAGUGAAAGUUUUAUGGUUGCUGCCAAUGUGCUAAAUAAUAGUCAAGUCAGAGGAUGAUAGGUAUAGAAAUGGUACAGCAAUGAAUCAAUAAUGAAGCCUGGUUCUAACUUAAUGAUGCACAAUUCUGCUGUUAACUAAUAAAGAGAAAACCUUUAUUUAGAAACAUAUUAAUAAAGGAAAAAAGUUGCUUUGACCACCAAAUGGACAAAUGGCCUGCUAUGUGAGCAGAGAAAUUUUAACGGAGUUUGUAUAAGCUAUGCGUAUGAGGCAACAGUAUAACUGAAGAAAAAAAGUAACUAUUUCUUG